GAGGGGUCGUGUGUAUCGCCAGUAGAGUCAGACUUAAUGACUAUUUUACUCGUUAUUAAUAUUUACAAUUUUGUAUAAAACCCAUCCCUCAAAGUUAAGCUUUUUGCCGUUUUAUAAUAGUUAAAAAUAUAAAAUUUCUAAUUAAAUAUGAUAACAGAUGGCGCCACCCAAAUUUUAAAUGUUACCGGGAAAGUUGAGCAACUCAUUGUCGGUUUAUUUCACUUACUUUUACAACAAUAGCGCGUAAACAGCGCACAUAGCCAGCAUGACUUUCAGCUACCACAAUAUAUUAAUACGAGGAGCUACUGUUUAGUUUAUAGUUCAUACAGUAAUUACACGUGUUCACCAUCUCACCCUGAUUUACCCAAAUAAUUUUCUUUCUUUAUCUCUUUUAUAAAUAAUCGCGUAAUGUUAGGCAGAACAUUAAAAUAAUGCGCUGUUUAUUCACUGCGUUAUCAAAUAUAUUACUCAUUCUAUAAAAUAUUUAUUUUUAAUUAUAAUUUAUGACUUUACAUUCCUAUUGAUGAAACUAAAAUAUUUAUUUUCAGACGAAGGUGCUAUUUUGGAUUCUCUUCCUCGCAAAAUGAAAACGGAUGUUGCUAUUAAUGUUCAUUACAACACUCUAAUUAAAGUUCAACUGUUUAAGGACUGUGAUAAAGCGCUGUUGAGAGAUUUAGUUCUGAAAUUGAAACCCGUAUUAUUUUUACCUGGAGAUUUCAUUUGCAUGAAGGGAGAAGUCGGUAAAGAGAUGUAUAUUGUGAACAAGGGAUUAGUCCAAGUCAUGGGAGGAGAAAACGGAGAUGUGGUCUUAGCCACACUGUCGGAAGGAAGCGUUUUCGGAGAGAUAAGUUUACUCGGUAUUCCGGGAUGCAACAGAAGGACUGCCGACGUUCGAUCGAGAGGAUUUUCUAAUUUGUUCGUUCUUAGCAAAUCUGAUCUUUGGGAUGCUUUGAAAAACUAUCCCGAGGCACAAAAUAUACUUAGGAAAAAAGCCAAAUCUUUAAUAAAACAAAACGAAGCCUUGAGUAGAAAAGAAAAUUCCAAAAAACUUAACGCGGAAGUCAUCAUCAAGGAACCAACUAGUAAACCCGCUACUCCAAAACUAGUGAAAACCGUGAUUCAAGUCGUCCCACCCGAUUCUAAAUUUGGCCAGAUGAUGCGAAAGAAAUCUUCGACAAAGUCCCAGGCAACUCUCCGAGAUCCGCCGAAAGAGAAAAAUAAAGUCGACGUUGAAAACAAGAAUCCCAAUAAAGAUAAAGAAGAAGAGACCAAAGAUAUUCAGAAAGUGAAGAAAAUCGAAGCCGCAGAAGAUAAAGAAACGGCAAAAAAUGUCGAAUCCGCGACUCCCAUCAAAGAUUCUAGCCAAUUCAUCAACAAUAUUCUUCAACUCGUACCCAGUAAACAAUCCGAAAGCGUGGUUAAAGAGGAAUUCUCUUCUUCGUCUCUGUCCUCGUCCAUUGUCAGUUUAAGGUCCUUGUUUCGUAUGUCCAGCAGCAGUUCCGAUAUCAGCCAAUCGGAUUCGGAAAUUCCUCCGACUGCUUCGUUUCGUCCAUCCAGUAGCACGAGUAGCGUCAACGGUUAUGAUAACCUGGCUUUCUCUCCCCAAAUUUGUAGUUCGAGUAGAAAGUCAAGCACAAUUAGCAUUGAUUCGUGUUAAAUUCUAAUUUUUCCUUCCUAAUAAUAUACGUGUGGAUUUAUAUAGUGUAAUAUUAACACUACGACGAACGUGCCUCAAUGUGAACUUAAAUUGUGAUAUCAAUUAAAAUCGUGAAUUUAUAUAAAAUUUGAAGAGUAAAAUCAAAACAUUUUAACAUUUUAUACAUUGAUAUCGAUUUGAAACAAAGGCAUACAAAUUCUUAAAUAUGAACCUUUUAUUUUUAUUAAAAAACAGUAAUUAAAGCCAAUAAAUUUCGUGAAAUAUAAGGUUACUUAUGCAUCCGUUCACAAAUAAUAACGCUACGAGUAAUGCAGUAUUCAUGUUUUUGUAUGUAUUGUAACCAGCAACAAUUAUAUUUAUGAUAUAUUUUAACUUAUAAAUAAAUUAUUUUUUGCUUUUAAUACGUAAAAGAAACUGUUUAUAAAU